UCUGUUUGUAGACUAAGCAUUGAACAAACUUUGCCAUCUUCCAUGAAAGGCUUACUUAAAAAAGUUUUCUUUUGAGCUCCGUUUGCCAUGGCACUCUUGUCUUUUGCCUACACUUUUCAGAUCAAGGAACACCCAUCUGUAUUCAUCACAACACUGUGCACAUUUCUUUUCAUUAACGCUGUCGGCCUGACCUCCAGCAGUGAGCUGGAGGCAAAGGCCCCUAUAGACUGCAUCUUAUCAGAGUGGUCAACAUGGACACGCUGCGACCCAUGCCAGAACAAAAGGUAUCGGUACACCAAAUUGCUGCAGCCAUCCCAAUUUGGGGGCGAGCCGUGCAGCGUCCUCGGCCGGGAUGAAGAGGCCUGCACACCCCCUCCCAGAGUCAGCUGUCGAGACAAUCCCAUCUGUGAGGGCUUUGUCUGCCUAAUUACAGGGCGAUGCAUAUCCAGUCGCCUGCGCUGCAAUGGAGAUGAUGACUGUGGGGAUGGCUCUGAUGAGCAGGGCUGCAAGAGCAAGGUCUGGGCAUGCAAGGAAAAGACAGAGGAGUACUGGGGCAUUGAGAACCUUGCCAAAGGAAUCAAUAUAUUGAACAGUAAUCUGGAAGGAGAGGUCAUUGAUAACAGGUAUUAUGCUGGUAGUUGUUUACCACAUUACAUCAAGGAUGUCCGAUUCAGAAAACCCUACAACUUGCAGCAGUACACAGUUGAGACAAAGGGCACCUAUGACUUUGUGUUGGAGGCACAUGAGUCGUACUCCAAAUUUGAGAGCAACAAGACCAAAGGCCACUUUUCACAGACCAGUGUGUCCUUUGGUAUAAACUUCCCUGGAGCUUUUGAGUUCAGCUUCAACUACAAUGAUAUGAAAUUCAAGAAUUCUGUCCAGAAGAUUCGGCACUUCUCCGGCACAAAACACAGUUUCCUUCGAGCGCACUCCCAGUUGGAGGUGGCCAAGUACGCGCUGAAGUCCGGGGAGCUGAUGCUGCACCCUGAGUUCCUGCGCCGGGUGCGGGUCCUGCCAAUGGAGUACAGCUACGGGGAGUACCGGCAGAUCCUCAGCGACUACGGGACCCACUACAUCACAGAGGCCACGCUCGGGGGAGAGUACGAGUACACCAUCGUGCUGAACAGCGACAACCUGGAGAAGUCAGGAUAUAGUCUGGAGGAGGCAAAGAAGUGCGUCCAGGCUGGUCUGAAGAUAGGAGCCAAUAUCGACGGAGUGUAUGUGUCCAUGGGAGCUCAGGGAGGCAGCUGCAAAGGCCUGCUGAAGGAACUGGGAGAGGGUACGGUGACGAAGAACUUUGUGGAGGACUUUGUGGCAGUGGUGAAGGGGGGUGACAGUGAGUCCAUCACCAGACUGGCCUUCAAGCAGCUGCCCACCCCGGAGGUCAUGCAGGCAUGGGGGGACUCCGUGCAGUACAACCCAGACUUCCUCCACAUCAAGGUGGAGCCCAUCUUUGAGCUGGUGACCACGAGAGAUUUCUCCAACGGUAGGAUACUUCAGAAGAACCUGAAGCAAGCGCUGUUUGACUACCUGACUGAAUCCAGCCCCUGUCGUUGUGCUCCCUGUCUCAACAACGGCAUAGCCGUCCUCAAAGGCACAAGAUGUGAGUGUGUGUGUCCUGUGGGCUUCAGUGGGAGGGCCUGUGAGGUCACCCAGAGAAAAGGGAUGGCAGUGGAUGGAAGCUGGAGCUGCUGGUCGUCUUGGUCAGCCUGCGGCGGUCGCACAAAACGCAGAACGCGGCAGUGCACCCACCCUUCGCCUCAGAACGGGGGUUCGCCUUGCAGUGGAAUACAUGAAGAGGAACUGGCCUGCAUGUAACUUUCCCUUCCCCUCGAAUAACCCAAACAUACGUCACUUUAAUAAAUGCCCACUUAAGCGUCA